AUGGACUACAAAUCGAUUAUCUUUCGCAAAUUUACACAUGAAUCACUUCGACGUAUUGAACAUUAUCGACAAGAAGAAAGUGAACGUAUUGCUUCUAAACAAUUAGAACAACAAACAAUAAGUGAACAUCAUCAUAUGAAUAAGUCAUCAAAAGAUGAAUCAAUUGAUCCUAAACAAAUUCCUAAUAAAGAAUUGGCCGUUGGAGAAACAUUACCACUAAUUUUACAAUAUAGAUUCCCACCUGAACUUAUUGGAAUACCUAUUGAAGAAAUCGAUUCUUAUUAUCGUACAGAUUAUGUAUUUGUGGUUAUUAAUCGAAAUAAUACAAUAUUUCGAUUUAGUGCAACAUCAGCUUGUUUUAUAUUUUCUCCAUUUAAUUAUUUUCGACGUUUAGCUAUACGUAUAUUAACACAUUCACUUUUUAGUACAUUAGUUAUGCUUACUAUUUUAACUAAUUGUGUAUUUAUGACACUUAAAAAUCCACCAGAAAUGAAUGAAUAUGUUUUUACAGUAAUUUACACACUUGAAGCAUUAACAAAAUGUAUUGCACGAGGAUUUAUUCUACAAAAAUAUACAUUUUUACGUGAUCCAUGGAAUUGGUUAGAUUUUAUUGUAAUUACUCUUGCAUAUGUAACAUUUUUUAUUGAUUUGGGAAAUGUUGCAGUACUACGAACAUUUCGUGUAUUAAGAGCAUUAAAAACUGUUGCAGUUGUACCUGGUUUAAAAACAAUUGUUAAUGCUUUAGUACAAUCUUUUAUUUCUCUACGAGAUGUAUCUGUUUUAUCAAGUUUUAUUCUUUCUAUAUUUGCUUUGAUUGGCUUACAACUUUAUAUGGGUGUUCUUCGACAAAAAUGUGUGCCAACUUAUGAAUCUUUUCUAAAUAAUUCUAAUAUUUCUAGUAUUAAAUUUAAUAUGACAUAUGCAAUCUAUCUGAAAGAAAUUGAUAAUGAAAUUAAUUGGUAUAAAGAAAAUGAUAUUUUUCUUCUUUGUGGAAAUGCAAGUGGAAGUACAAAAUGUCCUUCAGAUUAUAUUUGUUGGAAAGAUCGAGGCAUGAAUCCUGAUUUUGGAUAUACAAGUUUUGAUAAUUAUGGUUGGGCUAUGCUUGCAUGUUUUCGAUUAAUGACACAAGAUUAUUGGGAAAAUCUUUAUCAAUUAAUACUAUCAACAGCUGGUCGUUAUCAUUUUUUAUAUUUUGUUGCUGUUAUAUUUUUUGGUUCAUUUUAUUUGAUUAAUUUAAUCUUAGCUAUUGUUUCAAUGUCUUAUCAACAACAACAAAAACAAGUUGAAAUUGAAAAUGAAGAACGUGAACGACGUAGAAUUGAAGAUGAAAUUGAAAUACAAAAAAUAGUCGAAGCUCAUACACCUUUACAUAUUGAUGAAGAUCAACAUAAUAUUGAAAAUGUAUUAUGUUUGAAAGAUUCAAAUUGUAAAAUUUCAUAUGCUGAGAAUAUUCCUGUCGAAUAUGAACAAGAUAGAAAAUCAUCAUCAACAUUUCAAUUUGAAAAGUCAAAUAGUAUCUUGGCUAAUGCAACAACAAACGAUAUUAUAACAAAACCUGUUUUUGAUGAAACACAACAACAACAGCAAAAUAUAACAAAUGAAGAUAGAAAAAAUCAACGAAUAAGUGGUUUUUCAUAUUUAUCAGAAGAAAAUCAAAAUAAUAAUGAUUCAACUAUUAUACUUUAUCAAGAUAAACCUCAAAUAAAAUGUGUUUCACCUAUAGAAAUACUACCUACUCAACUAUUGAAUAGAAUAAGUAUUCGAUCAAAAAAUACGGAUACACCCAAUAAGUGUAGUCAAGCAUUAAUUAAAUUUCUACAAAUUUAUUGUUGGGAAUGGAAUUGUCAAUCGCCGAUAUUUCAAAAAUUUCAAACAACUGUUGCUUUCAUUAUAUUAGAUGCAUUUGUUGAUUUGUUUAUUACAAUAUGUAUUGUAUUAAAUACAUUAUUUAUGGCACUUGAUCAACCUGGUCAAAGUGAAAAAAUGACACGAAUUUUAACAGCAGGCAAUUAUGUUUUUACAAGUAUAUUUACAAUUGAAUGUAUAUUAAAAAUAAUUGCAAUGACACCAGCUAAAUAUUUAAAAAAUGGAUGGAAUACAUUUGAUUUAAUAAUUGUUUCAGUUAGUCUUAUUGAAUUAGGUCUUGCUAAUGUAAAAGGUCUAAGUGUUUUACGUUCAUUUCGAUUAUUACGUGUAUUUAAAUUGGCUAAAUCCUGGCAAACAUUGAAUCGUUUAAUGUCAAUUAUUGGUAAAUCAAUAGGAGCUUUAGGAAAUUUAACAUUAGUUCUUAUUAUAAUAAUAUUUAUUUUUGCUGUUGUGGGAAUGCAGUUAUUUGGUCAUAAAUAUGCAAAUAAAUUUGGUAAAGAUAUGCCAAGAUGGAAUUUUUUUGAUUUUUUUCAUGCUUUUAUGAUUGUUUUUCGUGUCUUAUGUGGUGAAUGGAUUGAAUCAAUGUGGGUAUGUCUUGAAUGUGCUGGAUGGUCAUGUAUUCCAUUUUUUCUAUUAACAUUUAUUAUUGGUAAUAUGGUUAUAUUAAAUUUAUUUUUGGCACUUUUACUUGCAUCAUUUGGUUCAAAUGUUUUAACUGAAAAAGAAGAUGAAGAAAAUAAAAUUGGAGAAGCAAUUGAUCGUAUUCAACGAUUUUUUCAUUUUAUAAUUAAUUUUAUAAUUCGUUUAUUUCAUCGAAAAAAUCAACAACAAAAACAAAAGACAUAUAUCGAUAAUAAUAAUAUCAAUGAAACUUCAUUUUCUAAUACACAAGAAUUUAUUGGUAAUCUUCCUUUACCAAGAUUAUAUCAAAUAGAAGAAUUUUAUGUAUCAGUACCUUUAAAUAAUGAUUUAUCAAUAAUACAUGAAGAUAUUGAAAUGCAACCAAUGAAUAAUAAUUCUAUAAUAUCACAUCCAACAUGGCAAAUACUUCAUACGCCACCAGAUUGUUGUCCUAAUAUGAUAUCAAAAUAUUUUUCUUGUUGUACUAAAUGUAUUCCAAAAAUUAUUCAAGAACAAUGGAUAUAUCUUCGUAGUCUAGUUCAUCGUUUUGUUGAACAUCGUUUUUUUGAAUGGUUUAUUAUUGCUAGUAUAUUAGCUAGUAGUACAACUUUAGCUUUAGAAGAUGUAAAUACACGACAACAACCAAAAUUUACUCAAAUUUUAGAUAUAUUUGAUAAAAUAUUUACAAUUAUUUUUACUAUAGAAUUAAUAUUAAAAUGGUUUGCAUAUGGAAUAAUAAAUUAUUUUACAAAUGGUUGGAAUUGGUUAGAUUUUAUUAUUGUAAUUGUUAGUAUUCUUGGUGUUAGUCUUGAUAUAUUUGGUAUAGCUGAUAUUCCAGCAUUUAAAUCUAUGAGAACAUUAAGAGCUUUACGUCCAUUAAAAGCAUUAUCAAGAUUUGAAGGAAUUCGUGUUGUUGUUAAUGCAUUAAUUGGUGCUAUACCAGCAAUUUUUAAUGUUUUACUUGUUUGUCUUGUAUUUUGGUUAAUAUUUUCAAUAAUGGGUGUACAAUUAUUUGGUGGAAAAUUUUAUAAAUGUGUUUAUAUUGGUACACAUGAUCGUAUUAAUAAAUCAGAAAAUAUAACAAAUAAAAAUGAUUGUUUAAAUAAAAAUUUUACAUGGGAAAAUUCACGAGUUAAUUUUGAUAAUGUUCUUAAUGGUUAUUUAGCUUUAUUUCAAGUUGCAACUUUCAAAGGUUGGAUUGAAAUAAUGGCUGAUGCAACUGAUGCUAAAGAAAUAGAUAUUCAACCAGAAUAUGAAACUAAUAUUUAUAUUCUUAUUUAUUUUGUUAUGUUUAUAAUAUUUGGUUCAUUUUUUACUCUCAAUUUAUUUAUUGGUGUUGUUAUUGAUAAUUUCAAUCAACAAAAACGAAUGUUAAGAGCUGAUGGUUCACUAGAAAUGUUUAUGACAGAAGAUCAAAAAAAGUAUUAUAAUGCUAUGAAAAAAAUGGGUAAUAAAAAACCGACUAAAGCAUUACCAAGGCCAAGAUUUGCUCUUGGAAGAUUUCUUUUUGAUUUAACAACAAAUCAAAAAUUUGAUAUUUUUAUAAUGAUAUGUAUUUUUUUUAAUAUGGUUUGUAUGUGUCUUGAACAUUAUAAUCAAAGUCAUACUUAUGAUCUUGUUCUUGACUAUAUUAAUCAUUUGUUCGUUGCAAUAUUUACUAUUGAAUGUAUUAUGAAAUUAAUUGCAUUAAAUUUUAAAUAUUUUACUAUUCCAUGGAAUGUAUUUGAUUUUAUCAUUGUAAUUGCAUCAAUUCUUGGACAAACAUUAGGAGAAGUUAUGGCAAAAUAUUUUGUUAAUCCAACAUUAUUACGUGUUGUUCGUGUUGCGCGUGUUGGAAGAAUAUUACGUCUUGUCAAAGGAGCAAAAGGUAUUCGAACAUUACUUUUUGCGUUAGCUGUUUCAUUGCCUGCUUUAUUUAAUAUUGGUCUUCUUCUUUUUCUUAUCAUAUUUAUCUAUUCGAUAUUUGGUAUGUCAUUUUUUGGUUAUGUAAGAAAAACAGCUGGCAUAACAGAUUUAUUUAAUUUUGAAACAUUUCCUAAUUCAAUAAUUGUACUUUUUCAAAUGUGUACAACUGCCGGCUGGUCUGGUGUUUUUCAAGCAUUAACUAAUGAUCAACCACCAGAUUGUGAUCCAACAAUAAAUACACCAUCACAUAAAGGUGAUUGUGGUAAUACGGCUAUUGCAACACCAUUUCUUGUAAGUUAUGUUAUAAUUACUUCUCUUGUUGUGAUAAAUAUGUAUAUUGCCGUUAUCUUAGAAAAUUUUUCUCAGGCACAAGAAGAUGUUCAGCAAGGCUUAACUGAUGAUGAUUAUGAUAUGUAUUAUGAAAAAUGGCAACAUUUAGAUCCAUCAGGUUCACAAUUUAUACGAUAUGAUCAAUUAUCAGAUUUUGUUGAUAAUCUUGAACCACCAUUACGUAUUCCUAAGCCAAAUCACUUAGUACUUGUUGGUUUAGAUUUACCAAUAUGUGAACAUGAUCAUAUGCAUUGUGUUGAUAUACUUGAUGGUCUUACAAAAUAUUUUCUUGGUACACUUCAUGUACCAAUAACAAGUACUGAAGCUGAUGCACCAAUUGAUAUAAAAAAAGAUCGUCCAAAAGAUUAUCAUCCCAUAACAACAACAGUACAACGUCAACGUACAAUUUAUUUAAGUCGAAUAGGUUUAAAAGGUUUUCGAAAUAAUGUUGAGCGACAUCGAAAUGAACGAAAAAAUCAAGAAUUAGUGCUUGAAAAAACUAUAGAUGAUGAACUUAUUGAAUCAAAUGACUUAGAUACAACACCAUUAGUAUCGAAUGAUAAUCAAAAUUAUGAAACAAAUUGA